CCCUGGGCAAUAGGGGAUCAUGGGGCCCCUGUGUCCUUGCUCAAACUCAAAAAAGCCUAUGAUAAAAGGUACCAGGGGCAUCUCAUGGGGCCCCCUACUGACCCCGGGCCCUCGGGCAGUGCCCGAGUUUCCAAAUGGUCAGUCCGCCCCUGAUUCAACUAAAUUUACUUAUAUUGCAAAUUGGAUUUUCUCUCAUCUACUAAAUCAUAGUACAUACAACAGUUAUUUUGUGUAUUUGUGACCACAGUGCUUGCCAUCCUGGUUAGUCAGCAGAUUUACAAAGGUCCAAGAACACUGUAGACAAAACAGAUUUUCACUCUAAACCCAUUCACAAUUUAAAAAAUGGUCAAGAACAGGUUUU